CUGCAGAUCAGUCCGGAUUGACCUUCGACCCAGGAGCGAGUGUGACGCCGACACACUCCCCGACGCCCUUCCUCCGCCGACGCCAAGCACAGCACCAUUCCGAAGCUGGAGUGUCCCAACCCCGUGGCGCUCAUGGCUUCCCAGGGAACCCACCCCGCGUGCCUGUUCCUCGCCCUCACGCUGCUGGUGACGACGGCCGCCACCAUGAUCCUGUGCUCCGCCAUCCUCACCAACCACUGGGAGGUCAUCACCUUCGACAAGGGCGAGGUGGAGGCCAUCGCCGCCAAGCACAACGCCUCGCACACGCUCAGCUGGCUCUGGGGCGGCAAGGUCGGCAUGGUGAGCAUUGAGCUCCACCAGCCGCUGAAGCUGAGGCGACAGGACGCUGGGUCUCAGGCUUACAUGGGUUCCCACUCUCACAGCAUUAGGUUCCGGCGGCAGACAUCCAAAGUCAUCUACCUCGUCCCAAUGCAUGGGGGCAUCUGGACCCUCUGCGUGGGGCUCUCAGCAGCGCCUUCAAGGAGGGCUAAGAAAUUUGACAUGCUUUGA